UAUGUCGAAGUAAGCAAAACAAGUUAGACGUGUAGGAAACCUAUUACCGACUCGUAAAAUCUGACAUUCAAAUUUUCAUAAAGUUACCGAUUCGUGCUUUUUUUUAGUAAAGAGAAAGUGUGAUUUCAGGCUGACGGUUUACAAGAAAUAUUUUCAAAUGAUGUUCAAUGAACAUUUAAUCUCAAACGGCAACGGUUUCUCUCAACAAUGUUUUUGUUAACCAGUUUUACAUUUAGACAUGGCGCAUUUCAAAGCGGUCAUAUUUCUAAUUUGGCUGGCCAGUCCUUCGCUGGGACUAGACAAUGGACAGAUAACCCACGAAGAAUUUUGCUACGAGGAUUAUUCCUGUGGACCGAUGAGUGCUGAUUGGAGUGGUCAAUGUCAAAGUGGUGAAAGGCAGAGUCCAAUCGAUUUGCCAUAUAUACCUCAUCGGCAUAAUCGACAUGUUGACUUGGAAUUCAAUGAUCUAUAUUGCAGUGAUGAAUUUUGGAUCGUUGACAACGGACACACAAUUCAAGUAACAUUGGAAACGGAUCCGACAUCAUUAGCCAGAGUUUCCGGCUAUGAAUUCGAUUACCCAUACAUUUUCGCUCAAAUUCACUUCCACUGGGGCUAUGCCGAUGAAAGUGGAUCGGAGCAUUCAAUUGAUAAUGAGUUUUACUCCAUGGAAGCACAUCUUGUCCAUUAUGACUCCAAAUAUGCUAAUUUCUCUGAGGCUGCUAACUCUGGCGAUCCAAAAGGCUUAGCUGUAAUUGCUGUAUUUAUUACAGAAGGACAUGAUUGGAGUCAUCACACAGGUUUUGAUACUAUUGCGGAAAACAUUCCACAGUUUGGUUCGGUUCCGACACACAUUCAAAAACGAAUCGAUCUCUCGACAUUUCUGCCGAGAAAGGGACAACAUUUCUAUCGGUAUUUCGGUUCAUUAACAACACCAAUGUGUAAUGAGGCUGUUGAGUGGACUGUGGUUCGCGACCCUAUUUAUGUGAGACGGUCACUCAUCAAAAAGUUUCGACAAGUGAGGCGAUCAGAUAAUCGAAGGAUUGGAGAGAAUCAUCGACCUAUACAAGAUGUUGGCAACAGGCUUGUGCAAUACUUAACGAAGGCAUAAACUUAAGUUGGAUUACCUUUUAAAAAAUUAUAACUUUGAUAAAAUGAAAGUAUUGCUACAAACUCCUCAAUAAAUACAA